AUGUCUGGUGAAUGCACCCCCGGGGGCGCGGACCCAUUUCCCGGGCUCGCUCACCGAAAACCCCCCCGAACCGGUCAAUGUCAUUGGCACACUUUCGUCGAGUACGGCCCAGUUGCGUCCGUCCAUCGGUCCGGAAUCACCAGAAUGCGCUCGUCCGUGCUGCUGUGGGUUUGUCUCACCCUAGCCAGCUGGGGCUUCGGCGUGAUCGUAAGCAAUCCCGACUCAAACAGCACCUCGCGAGCGCUUUCCCGACAGGAGCGCAAGGUUUUGCUGUUCCCCAUCCAAACCACCCUGCAGAUCAGCAUGUGCACCGCGACAGAUGGGCGGCUGUUCGCACCGAAGAAAAAGUACCCGGCACGGAAGCUCGGCAUCAACCUGGGCUUCCAGCAAAACUUUAACCUACCGUUCCGGCUGCUCGAGUUCUACAAACCACCCACGUGGGCUCGAGCGAUCGCCGGCAUCCUGCGAGGUCAGUUCCCGGCCACAUCCGUCGUGACGGCACGUGGAUUCAAACGAUCUGCAGAUCACCGAGCGCUUGGACUGAGCGCAGGUCAGCUGUACGAGUUUGUGGAGGACUUUUUGCAGGUGUUCGGAUACGAGCGGGAUUGCUUGCGCAAGAGCGUUUGUGAACUCGCCCACAGCCCGUUCGAUCGUGCUGAUCAACCGCAGGAUGUGCUCACCGAAGUGGUUCACCUGCUGCUGAGCCCCUCAGUGCACGAAUCGUUCGCAGAAGACGAACUAGACUUGAAGCGCUCUUACGAGAUGGCCGAACGAUUGGGUGCGAGCGGUGCGAACUGCGAACUGAUCUACGAGCGAUGUCACCGUUCGGUGUUGAGCGACUUCUCACAUCUUGCCGACGCCGAUCGGCCGUGGAGCUGA